AUGUCCGCCCUGGGCAGUGACGCCUGGCUCAACGCCUCAGCCUACGACAGCACCCACCCACUCCAUACUCGAGCCGCGGACUUCAUCGCCAACAUUGACUGGUCCUCGCUGACCAAAAAUGCCUCUCAGCUCCGGCAUGGCAUCCCUUGCACGCUCAGUGAGAAGUUCUCUGUAGGCCACUUUAACAUGGUAAGGAGGUUGGAAUUUGAGGAUGGAGUGCUGUGGAUAGCACGACUCAGGUUGCCGGAGCUCAAUUCUGUCUUUGGGGAAAGGGAGGCCUUGGAUGUGGAAAACUCGAUGAGGAUUGAGGUUGGAACGUUGAAGUAUAUUCGAGAGAAGACUGCGAUCCCUGUGCCAGAUAUUCACAGCUACAAGUUCGGUUCGGAAGACAGUACAGGCGUUGGAGCACCAUACAUCCUUAUGUCCUACAUCCACGGCAAUGUUGCGCAGGAUCUGCAGGAAGAGAUAGACGGGGAUUCUAACCUCUUUGGUACACCCGAGCAAGACCAGAACUUCCGACGCCAAAUGGUGGAAAUACAAUUCCAACUUGCGAACUUGACAUUUGACCGUAUCGGCGCUGUCUACCAGGACGGCGAUGUUGGCUUCAAGCUAGGUCCCGAGAUUGAGACGGGUCUUGGACCUUGGGCCACGCCACAAAUGUACUGGGAUGCUUGGGCUCAUCAUGCCGCGGGCGUGGCGCGUAAAGACUGUACAGAAGAGACGAAACUUGAUGCAUCAAUCCAGCUCCCGGUCUACUUUAACGAUCUCAUGGCGGCUUACGGCCAAAGCAGACAAACCCGGUUCGGGCUCGUGAACCGCGACUUUGGUGCGCAUAAUGUUCUGGUGGAUAAGGAGUUCAACAUACUUGCGCUCAUAGACGUUGAUGGUGUUAUCGCUGCGCCGAUCGAACGUGUUGCUCAAUUUCCCUGUUUCAUGAGCUUGGAGCGACCAGCACCGGGGUAUGUUGAAAGACGACCAGCAGCAAUCGAGAGAUUGAAGGGAUGCGAGGGCUUCCUUGAGAAGUACGCUGAAACGGUCAGGGAGUUUAGGGCAAGCCAAGGAGCAAGUGCAAGUUCAGGUGGCCCGAAGCUGGAAGAAGUGAUGAUGAGUGAUGGUGCAAGUAUUGUGCAAGGGUUGAUCGAGUACGGACAGCAUCAAAUUCAUGUCAAUCAGAGGUGGUUGGGUGCGUAUGAGAAGUUCAUGCGGAAGAUAGGCAAGGAAGUGGAUAGGCACGAGUAG